UCUGACAACAGCAGUGGUACAGUUUAGCAGCAGCAGCAGAGGGAGAAUGGUCAGACAUAUGUUCUCCAACUUCCUACUACUCUGGUCACUCAGCCAUGACCUUUGCGUAACAGGACUGACGUAUUAUGCUUCGAGGGAGCAGUCCUGGAACAAUCGGAAUCUCUCUUCUAUCCCUGUGGAUUUGGAUAUAAGGAUCAGAAGACUGGACCUGUCCAAUAACUUCAUCAGACAGCUGCACAAGCUUGAGCUGCCUUACUUGGAGCAGCUGGACUUGAGCAACAACCAGCUGGAUCUCAUCUCCGAGGGGCUGUUUGAAAACCUGGUUCGACUUGAGCAGCUGAAUUUGUCCAGAAACGAACUAAACAACAACCUUGGCAAUAACAGCAAAGCCCUCCAAUCCCUCAGCGGGCUGAAGGAUUUGGACAUAUCAAUGAACGGCCUGAGUGACUUUGCAGCCGAGCACUACCUUAGAAACAAAUCCGCCCUCGAUCAGCUCAAGAUGACCGGUAAUGCUUUAACAAGACUUUCACACAAAUUAUUCACAGAGAGUAAAAGCCUGAGGGCCAUUGCUAUUGACGACAAUCUGAUAUCUGAGAUCGAAGAAGGGACGUUCGAAUCACUGAUCCAAUUAGAGGUGUUAAACUUGGCUAAAAACAAUCUUGCGCACAUUUGUGAUUUUAAAUUGCGUCAAGUGAAAUUUCUAAAUCUGAGCAGAAACUCUGUAGAGUUUUUUGUCACACAUGAGGACAGCAGGCUGUACAGGCUUGAAGUUCUUGAUCUCAGCCACAACAAACUUCUUUAUUUUCCAAUCGUUCCGAAAACGAACCGUUUGCGGUAUCUUUAUUUACAGAAUAACAUGAUCGGUUCCUAUUCAGAGGCUGCUUUGGUGUCAGAGACAAAUUCUCUUUAUAGUGAGAUUGUAGGUGAAAAAAUUGCAAUAAAAAACAACCUACACUCAAACUGGAGGCCCAUGCCACUGAUUUAUAUUGACCUGAGCUACAACCACUUCAGGUCUUUCCCAAUCGAGACUUUAAGCCUAUUGCUGUCUUUAGAAACUCUGAAUCUCAGCUAUAACUGUCUACAAAGCAUCAUCUGGGAUGUGAGAAAUGACUCUGACUCAGGACCCCUUCGCCAGCUUUUCUUCCGCUCCCUAAAGCACCUUGACCUGCAAAGCAACAGGCUGGUAUAUAUUUCCCCACCUUUUCUCAGUGCACUCACACAAAUAGAAAGACUAAAUCUGCAAGACAACUCAGUCCAACCUUGCACUUCUGCUGAUCACUUAGGAAGCAUUAACUCAACACAGCAAACAAAUCUUGAUGACCUUUGUGUUGAAUUCGCCUACUUAGGGACUCUAAAACACCUCAAUCUUAAAGGAAACGGCAUAAAAAUGCUUCAGCCUAACACAUUUCAGGGGACUUCUUUGGUUUCCCUCAGCCUUGCAAAAAAUCCAUUACUGGUCAUGCAAGAGGGGGCGCUAGAAGGUGUGCAAACAACUCUUCAGUCCUUAAUUAUCAGUGAGAUCAACUUAAACAGCUCUCGUCUGUUGUCUCUACCGUGCAUGCCGGCAUUAACCCACCUGAACGUAUCGAACAACCUGCUGGAUACAAUUCCCAGAAGUUUAAGUUGUUCUCCCCUGAGAGAAAUUGACAUAAGACAUAAUGUUUUUAUAACUUUAAACCCUUCGUUGAUUCGUGCUUUAUCCACAAACCUUACCGUCAUGCAUAUAAGCGGGAAUCCUUUCAACUGCUGUGACAACAGAUGGUUGAUGGUCUUAAAUGAGACGGAGAUUACAGUGCCCGAUAUCAGUGAGGCAGAAUGCUUUACGAGAGUUAGAAACCUUACAGUGACAGAAUAUCUGAUGAACCCUUCAUUGUACUGUUCAUUGCGCACAAAGGCACAGGAAGUUCAUUUUGGACAAAUGAUGAUAAUUGUCUUAUUUGCAAUUGUUUUGUUAGCAGUUUUCAUCAUGUUCAGCAGGAAGCUGUGCUGCACACAGAGAUCUGUUAUGGUGUGAAGUCUCAAAUCAGUCUUUUACAGGUUUUUUUUUAGAUAAUUUUAGACAUGCACAUGGGCUAUGUAAAGUAAGCAUACCAUAAAUUUGGUGGAAAAGUGAAGAUUUUGGUUAUUGCACAUUACAGUCUUACAGGACAUACCUGCAAACUUUUCGUGACCUCUGCAGCUAAAAUCUUAAACUGGAAAUUGGCAUUACUGAUUCCCAAGUGGUUUGGUUACAGUGCACGUCAAAUCAAGAAUCACAAGAGUUCGUAUCCAUUCUUCAUCGUGAAUGUUUGUUUUGAAACUAAAAGCUUUAGCCAAUGGAUUACAUUUUUAUGACGUCUAUGAAGCCUUGCAGAACAUUCCAAGAGUCACGACUGGACUCCUGAAUAAUUCAACACAAUUGCCAUAUAGACCCUUGUAAGAGAGCUUUUGUUUAAACAUAUUGAUUUGUAUAUAUUUUUAAAUAAGAAUGGCUUAUUUUGUCUUUAUACAAGAAAUGUCAUUAUACCAGCCUGUUCUGUAAUAUAUAAUGUGUGGCUCUGACCCUGGAGACUGUGGUCAGAUGUUGCAACGGUGUAUGGUUUACAUAAUAAACAUGUCGCACUGAAU